GAUAGCUGUCAAAUGUGCGCUUUGCUUUCCAAAAAAAAAGCAAAUCAGAAAUACAAUGUCCGAAUCUCCGCCGCAGGUGGAACGCCGCAUGUGCGGCCUGGGAAAUCAUAGACUGAGGACCCCGUUCCGAAUAAUAAAAAAUCCGCGUCUGAUAAAGUUUGGCCAACAUAUAAACUCUGAACUGCGGUCGCAACCACUCUGCCUGUCCUGCUACAGGGAUCUAAUAAGGCUGUACAACUUGAAGAACAACAAUGCGAAAAGACAUCUUGAGGAGAGGAAGCAGGAAGCGAGUAUUUCGACAUUGACUAGUAGUCAGUCGAGUGAGACGACAUUCGGGCCUCCUAACGGAAUGUCCACCUCCACGCCCUCGGAGGAGGAGGGACCCAAUCCGAGGAUCUCCGAUGAAGAAGAACCAAGUCCUACGAUCUCCUCGGACGACGAAGGGCCCACUACUAGCGCAGCGGCGGCGAACAAACGAGCAAAAAGGCAGCUGAUCACAGCGAGUUCUUCGGGGGACUCAUCCUUCUCCGAUGUCGACGAUCCCAACUCCAAUCUUAGUCUCAACGCCGUGAAUGGCUCACGUUUACCUCAUAUUCAGCCUAUUCCAAAAAGACGUCAGAUCGUCCACUUGAACAAGAAUGCCAUGGACAUCUACUUGGCCGGAACCACUGGGGGAUAGCUUUUUAAGGAAAUUUCGCCAUACUAUACACUUUCAAAGAAAUAAUAUGAUUUUAUUUUAUAUGCUAUCUAACCUUUGC